CUCUUCCCUUAAAUCUAUUUUCACCAAAAAGGGGGGGAAAUUCGAGAAAUGGACGCAUCGGCAGUCGGCGGCGCUGGUGGCGGAGGAGGGCCUGCACCGUUUCUUGUAAAGACAUACGACAUGGUGGACGAUUCCUCAACGGACGACAUCGUUUCAUGGAGCUCCAACAAAAAGAGCUUUGUGGUUUGGAACCCUCCUGAAUUUGCCCGCCUUUUGCUUCCCACCUAUUUCAAGCACAAUAACUUCUCCAGCUUCAUCAGGCAGCUUAAUACCUACGGGUUCCGGAAAAUUGAUCCAGAAAAGUGGGAAUUCGCUAAUGAAGAUUUUGUGAAAGAUAAAAGGCAUCUUCUUAAGAACAUUCACCGCAGAAAACCUAUUCACAACCAUAGUAACCCACCAGGUUAUUUGAUAGAUCCAGAAAGAAUUGGAUAUGAAGAAGAAAUCGAAAAGCUUUCACGUGAAAAAGUUUUACUGGAGGCUAAUGUUUUGAAGUCUAGACAAGAGCGAUUGACUUUGAAGCAACAUGUGGAAGUGCUGACACUACAGGCUGAUCAAAUGGAGCAGAGGCAGGAGACUUUGUUUAACUUCUUAGAAAAGGCUUUGCAAGACCCUUCUUUUGUCGAACACCUUUUUCGUAAGAUUGAAUCUGUGGAUGAUUUUGCUGCAUAUAAUAAGAAAAGAAGACUGCCCGGAAAUGAUCAAACCAAGCCAGUUGGACAGCAUAAUCUUUUGGAUAACAAAAGCAGUUCUACACCUGAGAUUGGAAAUGUUGUCCACCUCGAUUUCUCGAACAAGCUAAGACUAGAAUUAUCAUCAACUGUUUCGGAUAUUAAUUUGGUUUCUCAGAGCACACAGAGUUCUAACGAAGAUGGACAAAGUCUGCAGAGAAGGAUAUCUCAAGGAGAACCAAAGGAUGAUAAUAUCAGACCUGAGGGCAUUUUAUUCACUCCCGAAACAUUAGACCUUUCAGAUACGGGCACAUCUUUUACAUUCAACAUGGAUUCAUCUUUCACUCAGAGAGUAUCAACGAAUGAAAGCACAACAGUGCAUUCACUGCAACAGAGAUUAAGUUCCAAUGAAGAACCUGAUAGUAAUAUUUCCUGUCAAUUGAAUCUAACUCUGGCAUCUUCGUCAUUGCUAGUCAAUAAAAGUCCUAGCUUAACAAGGAUGUCACAACUAAAUUGGGAAAUCAAAAAAGUCCCAGGGUCAAGGUCCAAUGCCAACAGUAAAGACACUGAUCCCACUCCCAGAGCUUUUGAGAACAGCAGAAACAUGAUUGAUCGGGAAACAACAUUAUCUUCAUCAAAAGAAGGCUCUAACAGAAAUCAAGAGCCUGCAGUUCCUCCAGUUAGAGUGAAUGAUGUAUUUUGGGAACAAUUCCUCACUGAAAGACCAGGUUCCUCUGACAAUGAAGAGGCCAGCUCCAAUUAUCGAGUAGAUCCGUAUGAAGAGCAAGAAGACAAAAGGAUGAACCAUGGACUAGCCAGGAAUGCUAAGAACAUUGAGCAGCUUAGUCUAUGAGCAGAAAAGUUGUCUUUCCUGAAAUCUGGUGAGAAGUCUACAAAGGUGUCUUUCAUUCCUUCUUUUCUCUUUGUGAUAUGUAUAGUUACUUCAUUUAUAGGAUUUGAUUUUAUAUACAACUGCCCAAAAUUAGCUUGAAUAAAAUCAUGUUGAAUUCCAUUUUGUUAAUGGCAUGUUACUAUAAGUGCUCAAAUUAGAGAGAGAGCAACCUUUUUUCAAUUGUAAAAUAGGAAGUUAUGUAGCUCUACUUUCUAGUUU